CCUCCAAACCACCACUCCUAAUCAUUACAGUACCUCCAUAGAACUUAGGUCGAGUGCUGCUACUAUUAGCUGUUAAUGUCGUUUUCUGCUGUUCCAUCAUCUCUCCGCUGACCGGCAAACAGGCAUCGACAUGGACUUCGGACCUGAAGGGUCGUUAGUGUACCGCAAGUUUCUCUUAGCGAGCCCUGCGAGCGCCACGUCAGCAGGUAACGCCAGUCUAGUCCACCCAGUUUCGCCCUGGCACGACUUACCUCUUCGCUUCGAUUCUCGCGAUGGCACUGUUCCCGCCGCUUUAUCCGUCGGUGACUGUAUCGAAAUGGUCUGUACCACGCCGAAAGGCUCGUGGUUACAGCUGGAGGUGGCGGUUUCCGAGCUCUACCAGCCGUUGCGACUUCGCGAGGCUAACGGGGAACCGGCACACUACCCGGAAAAUUUACGGUGGAACAUCGGCAUUGUACCGCAAACUUGCUCGUGCUUUAGCGAGGACGAUGACAAUAACGGAAGCGGUCCGGACCCGUCGCAGCAGCACGGCCCGGUGGAAAUAAUCGAUUUAGGAAGCGCGCCUGCUGGCGUGGGAUACGCGUAUCGGGUGAAGCCGAUCACGGCGUUUCUGGUGAUAAGCCCUAAUCUAAAGACGACGUUGAAGAUAGUCGGCGUUAACUCCGCGGACCCGGUCGCUGAUAAGUUAUCGUGUCUGGACGACCUGCAGCAGCACGGGGGAGGGAAGCUCGGGGAGAUCAGCGAGUGGCUCAAAACGUCAGCCUGCGUCUCAAGAUUCGACGUGCCUAACACCAUCGGCUACCGCGAAAAGCCCGUCCCCACGGAGCGAACGCUCUCUCUUCUCUCCAAAGCCCAUGCCGCCUGGCAAACCUACCACAGCGCGCACCACAGCACCCACUCCGCUUCCGCCUCCUCCGCCUCCCCGCCCAACCGCCCCCCCUCCGCCGUGCACGAGAGGGAUCUGCGGAAGCUCGUGGAGAGCACCGCGGGCGGGGCGCUGGACGACCCUUCCGCCACUGGCGCAUGUGUGCCGUUCUCCAAGCGGGAAGGCGCAGGGGGGGCGGAAGAGGGGGGAGGAGGAGGUGCGGGAACGGGGGCGGGGAGAGCAGGAGGGGGUGGGGCGGUGGGGCCUGGACAGGUUGGAUCCGGCCAGGUGGGAUCUGAGUCAGGUUCGGCCCACCCUGUGGCGGGGAAAUCCGGUCCGGGGGACGAUCUAAGGAGGAAGCUUCUCGCUUCGAGCUCAAGUCGAGGUCCGGCAGGCGUAACACCCAGGGAUAGGGUAACCGCACACCGGCGAGCCUCGUCAGUGUCGUUCUUCGCCCCGGGCGCGUCGGAUUUUGGGAUGGGGGGUAUGGACAGCCCGCCUCAUGGGUAUGCCUCGGGAACGGGUAGUCCUGGCAGCGGCAGUGGCGGUAGUGGCGGUGGUGGUAGCGCUGGUGGUGCUGGUGGUGGGGGUAGCAGCAGUAGCGGCAAGCCCCCCUCUCUAAGCCCUCGCAUGCAGCCUCCUUCGUCGCAGUUCGCAGCGUUUUCCGGCAGCAGCAGUGCGGGCGGAGGGAGCCCCGGCGGGGGGCGUAGGGUUACCAGACACGCGAGAGCGCAGAGCGUCAGCUUCGCCCCGCAUAUGGAUUUCAGCAGUAGCAGCAACAGCAGCGGCGGCGGCGGCAUUACCAGUGGCAGCAAUGCCAGUGGGUUUAGCAGCAGUAAUACUAUCGCUGGUGGUAGCACUGGAGGGUCUCCCCCACAUGCUGGCUUAGCGGGGGCGCAGGGGGGAGGCGCCCCCGUGCUAGGCGCAGGGGGAAUCAGAGGGGCGGGGCUAGUGCCGGGAUUGGCCAAGGGGGGAAUGGGGCGGGUGGGUCGGCCGGGACCUUUGGGCGGGGGGGGUGUUGGUGGGGGGCGGGCGGGUCCGGGGAGGGGGAUGGGGCGGGGGGGAUUCUUCAGGAGCGCGUCUGUGGACGGGGGAAGGGGGAGGGAGGAGGAUGGGGGCACGGAUGGCCCGCUGGUGAGGCGGAGGAGUGGGGGAGGGGGAAGAGACCCGCCUGCUGUUGUCAAGCGAGCGGGAAUGCCCCCCUCUGGUGCUGCUACAGGCGGUGGUGGGGGGGGCGGAGGAGGCGGAGGAGGGGGAGGGGGAGGGGGAGGUGGUGGAGGUGGCGGAAGCGGAGGGGUUGGUGAAAACGGAAGGGAGGGAUCAGAUGUUCUAUUGUUUGAGAUAGGGAGCAAGGGGGGCGGGGAGAGUGGGAGCAGGGAGCAGAGAGGUGCUUGUGGGGAUCAAGAAUCGACGUUCACGUUUCCUAAGCUUGGAGGGGCGAUUGGUGAUCCAGGAUUGGACGGCGCGUCUAAAGGAGGUGCUACUAAGGAGGAUGAGGAAUACACUGCGGAUCUGGACAGCAGUGACGAUGACGAGGACGACGAUGGGGAUAUUGUGGAGUGUAAGGCCGCGCCAGGGGCGGCCGUUUCUGGGCGGAUGCCGCUGAAUGUUUCUCUUGACGAGGACGACGAUAAGGAGGAUGAGGACGACUGUGUGGUUAUGGCGUCGCCUCUCCUGUCCGCCCAGCCCAAGCAGCAGCAGGGCGGGGACGCAGCAGCAGGAGCGCCAGAAACAGGUGCUCCUAACGGGCUUGUAGUAGGAGCAGGAGCAGCAGCAGCCUCAGGAAGCGUUGGACAGCCAGCCAGGAGGCUAAACUGCGAGGUUUUGUCCAGCCAGAACGAUGGGGAGAAUGAUGGGGAGGAGGAGGACGCGGAUGGGGACGGAGACAUCCCUCUAGCCUCCCCCUUGGCCAAGUACCCCCCUGCCAGCCCAUUAAAGCCCCACGCCCACCACCAGUCGCUGCUGAGUCCGCUGGGCCGCGGACCUCUGGCGUCUAGUUUCAGCAGCACCCCUCCCCGUCCCAGCAGCCCCCUCACCCGCGCUUCCCAGCAGCAGCAGCAGCAAAAAGACAGCAGCUGCCAGUCAGAGCCCUCCGCAGCUGUCCCCAAUCAGAGUCUGCCACGUAGGCUGGUGAAAUCGGGGUCGGAGCGGGUGGGUGCUGCUGCUGCAGCAGGGUCAGGAGGCGAUUCCAGUAUGCCCAGCCCCAAUGCUUCCCGUAGUGGCGGCUUCAGUAGCAGCAGUGGCAGCCGUGGUAUCAGUGGUGGUGGGGGGGGUGAUGAUGACGCCAGCAUGGCAGGCCAGAGGAGGUUCCUCAAGUCAGGUUCGGAGCGAGGCAUGGCCGUACCAGGAGGUAUGGUAACAGGGGGAGGGUUGGGCACUGGUGUGGGUGGGCCGAGAGUCCCCUCUCCCUCCUCUCUCCCCGUAGCCCAGGUGCUCGAAGGCCCCCCUGUUGCUGCUGCUGGGUUUGCAGCCGAGGCUGGGGGUUCAUCGGGGCAUGCGAGUGUGGGCGAUUCAAGGCUUGGAAGGGACAUUAGGCAGACGCGCAUGCUGGGAAACGGGUCACUUAAGGAGUCGGGGAGUAGGGGCUGGGUGGAGAGCGGUGGAGCGGGGGGAGCAGGGGUAGGGGGAGGGCCCCCUGGGAUACCACGACAGGUGAGCGCUGGGGAGGCAGGGGGCGCUGCUGCUGGUGGCAGCACGACCGGCGGGCCUGGGGGUACGCAAGGGCAUGCACAUGCACAUGCGCCCACGCAUGGGCAUGGGCAUGGUCCAGGAAUACCCAGGCAAAGGAGUGCUGGGGAGGCUGUUGGGGUGGGGCAGCAGGGCAGCAGCAAUAGCAGUAGUAGUAGUAGCAGCCGUGUGCACUACCCACCUGAUCGCGCUCUUGGGAGGGGGGAGAGAGGAGAGGGUGGACAGGAGAGCUCUUUUGAUCAGUGGCAGGUUGAGGAAUGCAAUACAGGGGAAACCCAAGGAGGGGGGUUGCUACUGGCAACUGCCCCAAUAGCAGCAGCACCACCACCAUCAGCAGCAGCAGCAGCAGCAGGGGUGCAGGUGCGUAUGGCAAGGCCCUCUUCCCCUCAGCUAGCAAGGGGAGGGCCCCGUCCCACUCCCCCUGGUCACGUUUCCCCUAUGAAGGCCACAGGCUCUCGGCUCAAGGAUAGCAGCAGUUCAGGUGGGCUGGCAGCAGGUGCUGGUUCAGGUGGCGGUUCAGGUGGUGGUGGGGUAGGCCCAGUUGGUGUGGCCUCAGGUGGUGGAGUUGCCUCAGGUGGUGGCGUAGCUUCAGGUGGUUUAAACAGAGCGGAGAUAGCGGCCGGCAGGCGGGCAGCGUGGAGGAGGAGCAGCAGCAUAGGGGCCGGCGAGACUCAGAGCGGAGUGGCAGACAUGCCGAGGCCGAUGUCGCCGCAGCUGUUUGGAAGCAUAAAGGAAAAUGCCAGGGAAGGUUCCUCAGGUGUUCCUCUUUCUGCAUUCCAGGGGCAGCACCAUGGGCAGCAGCAGGGGCAGCAGCAAGGGCAGCAGCACCAGCACCAGCAGCAGCAGCAGCAGCAGGUGGGCGGCAGAAGCAGCCCGUCCCAGGUGUCCCCUUCCAAGUGGAGGCCACAACAGGGGACGGGUCUGGCUCCUGUGCCUGUACCCUCAGGUGGAGUGUCAGGUGGAAUGGCAGGUGGGUCUGGGGGAGGGUCAUUUACUGGAGGGAUGGUUUCUGGCAUGGGUGGUGUAGGGGAAGGGAGUGGUGGUGGGAUGAGUGUGCAUCAGCAGCAGCAGCACCAGCAGCAGCAGCAGGGUGGGAUGGGGCGGCCCAGGACUGGGCAUGCUCGUAGGCAUUCCUUCGCUGUUGGAGCCGGGUCAUUUGAUUUUGCAGCUCAACGACCAAGCUCGUAGAUGUGGUUGGUCCUUUUUUGUGAGGGUUGAACAUGCGAUUGUUUGUCUUUUAGGUUGAAAUUAUUCGAAGUCGUCCAUAUAGAUUAGGACUGUCGGACAGUAUGCUAGUGCCUGGGCUUCCAAUUGGACUAAGAUGUGGCACCUACGGUAUGUCAAGUUCAC